UUGUUGUAUUAGAAAAGCUUUUGUUUGGGUUUGAGACAUUGGGGGUUGGCCACGUGGAGAAUUAGUUAGUCUCUCUAUUUUUGUUUUAGAUUGCAAAAAUGCAACAAGAAAGAAAGAAAUAAUACCUUAAGAUUUUGAGAUUCAUUUCAUUUCAUGCGAUUCCAUUCCACAUUUAACUGCCCAUUCAUCGUUCUCUUUUCAAUUUCACAAUUUUCAUAAACAAGAAAAAAACAGAAAACUUUUAGGGUUUCAAAUUGCAUUUUUCUCCUUAAAUCAUUCUCUUAAUAAAACCUUCUCCCAAAUUGUGAAUCCAAUUCACAAUCUAUUUUGUUUCUUCCUUCAAUGUUUUGAUUGAUUUUUCCAUCAUUGUUUUCCUCAUUUCUCUUCAUUCACAAUUUGUUCACAUAUACAUGUGCAGGUGAUUAAUGUGAUUUUGUGUUUUUGUUAUUUGGUAAUGAGAGGUGUUAACUUUGCCAAUUUAGUGAGCAGAGAUGAACAUUGCUGCUCUUUUAACUUCAGCUGGAAUUAAUAUCACCGUAUGUGUGGUACUAUUUUCGCUUUAUUCAAUAUUAAGAAAACAACCUAGCAAUUUUAAUGUAUACUUUGGAAGAAGACUAGCCACACUAUCUUCGAAAAACGUUGAUCUUAGUUUAGAAAGAUUUGUUCCAUCUCCCACAUGGGUAAUGAAAGCAUGGAAUACAACUCAAGAAGAACUUCUUACUAUUGGGGGUUUGGAUGUCGUGGUUUUUAACCGGAUACUUAUCUUCAGUAUUCGAGUAUUUUCUGUUUCUGCUAUCAUCUGCACUAUUUUAGUGCUUCCGGUGAAUUACUAUGGCCGAAACACGAUACAUAAAGACAUACCUUUUGAGUCACUAGAAGUAUUUACCAUUGAGAAUGUCAUGGAAGGAUCCAGAUGGCUUUGGUCUCAUUGUCUAGCAUUAUACAUCAUAACAAUUACAGCUUGUACUCUACUUUACUUUGAAUAUAAGAACAUUACUACUUUGCGGCUAGUACAUAUCACUGGAUUGCCUCCAAAACCAAGUCAAUUUACUAUUCUUGUCAGAGGAAUACCCUGGUCUGCUGAUGAAUCAUAUUGUGAAGCUGUGAAAAAGUUUUUCACAUAUUACCAUGCAUCAACAUAUUUGUCACACCAAAUAGUGUAUGAGUCUGGUGCUGUUCAGAAGCUGAAGGAUGAUGCAGAAUAUGCAUGUAAGGUGCUCGGUGAUGGUUUGGAACAGUCUUGUAAGCCAACUAUGAUGCAGUGUUACUUUUGUGGAGGAACCAAUAAUUUUAAGAUUAUUGCUAAUGAAAUGGAUAGUAUACAUUCGAGAACAAGCUACAGUGACGUGCAUAUGGUUCCAAGAAAAAAGGAAUGUGCAGCUGCCUUCGUGUUCUUUAAAACUCGGUAUGCUACUCUUAUGGCUGCUCGAAAUCUUCAAGCAUCAAAUCCUAUGUUAUGGGUGACAGAUCAAGCUCCUGAACCACGUGAUGUUUACUGGUCCAACCUUUGCAUACCAUACAAACAACUUUGGAUUCGAAAGAUAUUUACAUGGGUGGCUUCUACCACAUUUGUGCUUGUAUUCCUCAUCCCUGUCACAUUUACACAAGGCAUGACUCAACUAGAGAAGCUUGAGAAAAUGUUCCCUUUCUUGACAGAUAUAGUUAAAAAGAGCUUUAUGGCUCAACUGGUGACUGGAUACUUGCCAAGUGUUAUUUUGGUUGUAUUUUUAAUGGGUGUUCCACCAGUGAUGAUGUUACUUUCCGCAAUCGAGGGCCCAAUUUCCCGUAGUGGCAGGAAAAAAAGUGCAUGUUGCAAAGUCUUGUAUUUCGUUAUUUGGAAUGUGUUUUUUGUCAAUGUUUUUGCUGGGUCUGUUAUCAGUCAACUCUCAGUGUUUACUAGUAUAACAGAACUACCUGCCCAACUAGCAAAGGCUGUCCCAGCUCAGGCUACAUUCUUCACAACAUAUGUUUUAUCAUCUGGUUGGGCAGCUCUAGGUUUUGAGAUUAUGCAACCGUUUGCUCUUUUUUGUAACUGGUUCCAAAGAUUAGUACUCUGCUCUAGGGAAGAUUCAUACAAUGGCUUCCUAAGAUUUCCGUACCAUACAGAAGUUCCAAGGGUCCUUCUAUUUGGAUUUCUUGGGUUCACAUGUUCUAUUUUGGCACCUUUGAUACUGCCCUUUCUAUUAUUCUACUUUUUCCUUGCAUACAUCGUUUAUCGUAAUCAGAUUCUCAAUGUGUAUAUUACAAAAUAUGAUGGUGGCGGACAGUUUUGGCCUCUUGCCCACAACACCAUAAUCUUUUCAUUGCUUGUGGCACAAGUUAUUGCACUUGGGGUGUUUGGACAAAAACGUUCAACUAUUGCAUCUGGAUUUACCAUUCCAUUGUUGAUCGGUACCGUUCUAUUUAACGAAUAUUGUCGGCAACGAUUUCUUCCAGUAUUUAAGAAUGAUGCAACACAGGUUCUUAUUGACAUGGAUACAAGAGAUAAAAAUUGUGGAAGGCUGGAAGAAAUUUAUGAUCAAUUGCAUUCAGCUUAUUGCCAAUUCAAAAAUAGCUCUACUCUUGCUGAACGUUUCAGUUAUCCAGAUAAAGAACGUAUUCAGAGACUUCAGAGUUCAGAAAAUUUAGAGACAGGCAAAAACAACAUCCAACAAGCGAUAUCAUGGUCUCAUCGAUAGUUUGAUUUUGUAGAAAUCAGUGUUAGGGUUGUAGAUUUUACGAAAAUCAUGAUGAUUUCUAUAAAUGGAGGUUGUACACAUGUAAAUUUAGAUUAUCCCGAUCAAAAUGCUUGUACAGAAUAUAGGAAUCAGAAUCUUCCCAUAAUGAUUAGUUGUGCAACAUACUGUGAAUAUCUUUGUAAUUGUCAUAUUUUCUAAGUAAUUGCAAAUAUUUAAGAUGAAAUAAUUGUUCAUCAUAUUUAGAAGAGUCGGAUUUCUUCAAA